AUGAACCCAUCCGCGGCAUUCCCCAAGGCCGCGGGUCUCUUCGCGCGCCUCCUGCGGGCACCAUCACAAUGCUCGAAGCAGAAAACGACACCUACUCUCUGCUCGGCCGGUCAGAAGCGUGGUUAUAAUGUCGCGGCAUCCCCAUCGCCUGCCAGACGCCUCCGGGAGGGAGUCUACACCCCAAAAUCUUCAAAUGUUUUCUCCGUUCGGACCUUCCACUCUACCGCGCCACUCUCGAUCGCCGACCCCUACAAAACCCUCGGCGUGGACAAGACGGCCUCUGCCGGCGACAUCAAAAAGGCCUACUAUGGCAUGGCCAAGAAAUACCAUCCCGAUACCAACAAGGAAGCAGACGCGAAGGACAAAUUUGCCGCGGCCCAAUCAGCCUACGAAUUGCUGUCUGACGCUAAGAAGCGAGAGAAUUACGAUCGAUUCGGUUCCGCGGCUUUUGAUCAAAACGGCGGCUUCGACCCAAGUGGAGGCAAUCCCUUCGCUGGAGCAGGUGGUUUCCAUGGAUUUGGUGGGGGCUUCGGAGGCGGUGGAUUUGGAGGUGGAUUUGCACAGGAUAUCAAUUUCGAGGAUCUCUUCGGUGCCUUUACUGGAGGCGCUCGUCGCGGCCCUCGUGGUCGCCGCAACCCGUUCCAGGAGCAGAUUCUUGUGGGCGAGGACAUUGAAGUACAAAGCAACAUUUCUUUUAUGGAUGCGGCGAAGGGCACAUCCAAAGAAAUUCCCGUCACGCCUCUUACCCAGUGUGGAACCUGUUCCGGCGAUGGUCUGAAGUCUGGUGCGAAACGAUCCCAGUGCCGCCAGUGCAAUGGUACCGGAACCCGAGUUCAUAUCAUGCAAGGUGGUUUCCAAGUUGCGGCAACCUGUGAUUCCUGUGGGGGUGUCGGUAUGACCGUUCCUCGGGGUUCUGAGUGCGGUACCUGCAAUGGAAACGGUGUUAUAAGGGAACGAAAGACCAUCAAGGUUGAUAUUCCUGCUGGUGUGGACAAUGGUAUGCGAAUGAGGGUUACCGGAGAAGGUGAUGCUCCUCCUACUGGAGCCGCCGCGGCUGCUGGAGCUCGCACCCAACGUGGUGAUCUCUAUGUUACCAUUCGUGUUGCUCCCGACCACCGCUUCAGCCGUUCUGGUGAUGACAUUCUCUAUACCGCCUCUCUUCCGCUCACCACCGCACUGCUUGGUGGUGAAGUCACCAUUCCUACUCUCGACAAGGAGGUUAAGGUCAGGGUCGCUACUGGUACCGGUACCGGCGAUCGAAUCACUUUGACGGGAAUGGGUAUGAAGAAGAUCGGUAGCAGUCGCAUGCGCGUCCAGCCUACUGGUGAUUUGAAGGUAGAAUUCAAGGUUGCUAUGCCCAAAUACCUGAGCGGCAACCAGCGAACCAUUCUCGAGGUUCUUGCGGAUGAGAUGGACGACAAAACGGCUCGACGGACCAUGAACUUCAGCAAAGACAGCGGAUCUACCGAAGAAUCAUCGAAGAAUGAAGGGUUCCUGAAGUCUGUCUGGCAUAAGCUGACGGAGAAGAACUCUGACGCUUCGAAGACCGAGCCCAAGGGCGCAAAGGAUGCAAAGGAUGCGAGAGACGCCAAAGAGGGCGACAAGAAAGAAUCCGGCAAGGACGACUCAAAGAAAUCGAGCUGA